AUAUACCAACCCUAGGUGGAGGAGAGAGAAGUAGGAAGAUAAAGUGAGAGAGAGAGAGAAAAAGGGUGCACGAACAGUAGCAAGAAAGAAAUAUAUAAGGAGUUGUGCAAUGAAAGUGAAAGCAUUUCUGCCGGGAAAGAAGGGAAAGACAAGAAAGAGUGGAAUGGUCGCUUUGUAUUCGAAGGCAAAGGAGACCAGAGAGGGGGUCUGUUCAUGGAUAUGCGAGCCAUCAUCUAUUUUUACACAAACCCCAUCUUCUCCGUUCCUUCCCUUUUCCUCCUUUUCAUUCUCAACCUCUUCCUCCUACUAAUCUCAUUUCAAAGCUCCUCUUCUUCCUAUUCAUUCAUCACUCUCAUCCUUCUGAUCUCUUUUCUACUUCGAUCAGACGACUUUUUUUCUUUUUCUUUUAAUUACUAAAGAGUCAACAUUUGCUGUGUUUAGGGUUUACCCUUUUCGCUGAUACAUACCCACAACUAGUUUGAUGCUUGCAAUCAUACCGGGGAUUCAACCGGAUUCUCUCGCUAGUUCUGGGUUUUCUUCUUCUAAUGCUUGUGAAUCGAUCGUGGGAUCUGAUCUUGACGAAUCUGGGAUCGGCUAAUUCAAAUGAUUGCUUCUUUUUCAACAGAUUUGUUUGAUUGCAUACUGUCAGUGUUUGUUAAUCUGUAGCCUCCCUUUUCCCCCAACUGAUAGUUUUUCUAGUUUCAGGAGGGAUUUUAUACUUAUUUUACCUAUAAAUAGAAAUUUUAUUUGUAACCCAAAAUCCCAUCCUUUUUGUUUGUGGGAAUCAUAGAUUUUAUUUCUACCUCCAAGUUCAUAAAAUUUACAUAAUUCAAUUGGGAAGAAGUUUGCUUUUCGCAAGUAAAGUCACCCCUGAUCUGAAUUCUCUAUUGACUGACUGAAAUAUGCCUGGAAACAAUAUUUCUUGUAUGUGCUGUGAGUGUGAGUUGAAAUUUUCUGAUGCUACUUCCCAUAGAUAUCAUUGUAGAAGUUGUGGAAGGAUCUUGUGUGGGAAUUGCUUUAAAAAAUCUGGUUGUUUGGAUGUUGACCUUACAGAAACUAAAAUAAGCAUUACUGAUGAUGCUGAGACUUGUAUUAAGUUUUGCAAGGUUUGCUUGAAAAUUAGUAGAUCUCAUGGUGAGGGAAAAUAUUGUGAUAAAAUUUACCCUUCUGAUUCUCCCUUGCAAAGUCCUGAACAGCCAUCACCAUGUUUUAGUGGUCAAAGAACGGAUGGUUAUUCCUCUCAUGCUGAGAUCAGAGAUAAUGUUUCUCCACUUAUUGGCCGUCCUUCUCCUAUAUUGGUUCGUCGCUCUCCAAGCAGGAGUGAUGAAGAAGGAGAUUAUUCGGCAAGAUCCUUCUUCAGCCCUUCAAGUGAUUAUGGUAAUGACGGGUCAGAUAUUGAUUCAAGUAGUCUUAGCCUUAGACGUGACUUUUAUAGUUUCAAGUCCUAUGCAUCAAGUUCAUAUGAUAGCCCUUCUAGGAUCCAUAUUAUUUCCAAUAGAGGUGAAGAUACUGUAAAUCAAGAGCACUGUGAAACUCCAAAGUCCCAAAGUGGUGGCUCCUUUAAUCAGGAUACAAUGGUUGUAAAAUACCCAGAAACAGGAAAUCUGGAGAAUAACAAUCAGUGUUCCAAUGAUAUGUCUAUGUUUAAUGAUCGGGGUGACAAGUUUCAAAAACCACUAGAUUUUGACAACAAUACCCAAAUUUGGCUCCCUCCAGCACCCGAGGAUGAAUAUGAUGAAAUAGAAAGUAACUUAUUUGCCUACGAUGACGAUGAUGAGAUUGGGGAUUCUGGGGCAGAUUUUUCAUCUUGCAGCAGUCUUUCUAACAUGCUCUCUGUGAACGAAAAGCAGAAUGAUGGACCAAAAGAACCCCUGAGAGAUGUAGUACAGGGGCAUUUCAGGGCUCUUGUUUCUCAGCUGCUACAGGGGGAGGGUAUCAAAGUGGGCAAAGAAAACAGCAAAGACGACUGGUUGGAUGUUGUGGCUCGUGUAGCUUGGCAAGCUGGGAAUUUUGUGAGGCCAGACACUAGCAAGGAAGGUAGUAUGGAUCCUGUCGAUUAUGUGAAGGUUAAGUGUAUAGCAUCUGGAAGUCCUAUUGAGAGCACACUGGUUAAGGGAAUAGUUUGUACUAAAAACAUAAAACACAAGCGCAUGACUUCACAGUACAAAAACACGAGAUUACUUAUUUUAGGAGGCGCACUUGAGUACCAACGAGUACCCAAUAAGUUGUCAUCCUUCACCACAUUACUGGAACAGGAGAUCAAUAACUUGAAAGUGAUUGUAUCGAAGAUAGAAGCCCACCGACCUAAUGUGCUGCUGGUUGAAAAAACUGUAGCUUCUUAUGCCCAAGAGUAUCUCUUGGCAAAGGAGAUCUCUCUGGUAUUAAAUGUCAAAAGACCACUACUGGAACGCAUAGCGAGGUGCACAGGUGCUUCAAUAACCCCAACAAUCGAUAAUCUCUCCGCAGCAACAGUGGGAAACUGUGCACUAUUCCAUGUGGAGAAAGUGUCAGAAGAACUUGAAUGUGUUAAUCAGUUGAACAAGAGACCACCAACCAAAACCUUGAUGUUUUUUGAAGGUUGCCCCAGGCGAUUGGGUUGCACGGUCCUUUUGAAAGGUUCUUCCCGUGAAGAACUGAAGAAGAUCAAACAUGUAGUUCGAUAUGCUGUUUUUGCAGCAUAUCAUUUAUCCUUGGAGACUUCCUUCCUAGCAGAUGAGGGUGCAAGCUUACCCAGAAUUUCUUCAAAGCAUUCACUUGCCCUGCCAGAGUGGACAAAUUCCGAUAACGCAAUUUCCAUCAUACCUAAUACUGUAUCUUCCGAGGUAAUUGCUUCACAGGAAACUGCCAUGGAGGAUUCGAAGAUGAAGUUGCAAAAUGAAGAGGAUGAACUAGCGGCUGAGCAUGUCGCUUUUAUGUGUAUAGCUGGGAAUGAAGUAUAUGAUGCACACAAUGAUGAUUUAGUAAGCAAUGCGGUUUGGGAUGAAAUUAGCAACUCCACAGUGCUUGGUGCUGGAAAUUCUACCAUACAAGAAAAUUUCAUUAUCAAGGGUGAAGAGGAGAAAGAGCCAGACAAUUGUGAAGAAGAAGCAAGUGAAGUUUACUCUGCAGCAGACAGUCAACAGAGCAUACUGGUAUCUUUCUCCAGUCGAUGUGUAUUAAAUGAAACUGUAUGUGAACGCUCUCAACUUCUUCGCAUUAAGUUCUAUGGAAGUUUUGAUAAGCCCUUAGGGAGGUAUCUUCGUGAUGAUCUAUUUGAUCUGACACCCAGUUGUAGAAAAUGUAGUGAGCCAGCUGAAGCCCAUGUGCUAUGCUACACUCAUCAACAGGGAAAUCUUACAAUAAAUGUUAGAAGCCUUACAUCUAUGAAGAAGCUACAUGGGGAGCGUGAUGGAAAGAUAUGGAUGUGGCAUAGAUGCUUAAAGUGCCCACAGAGAGACGGUGUUCCUCCAGCUACACAUAGGGUCAUUAUGUCUGAUGCUGCUUGGGGACUUUCUUUUGGGAAGUUCCUGGAGCUUAGUUUUUCGAAUCAUGCCACUGCUAAUCGGGUUGCAAGCUGUGGUCACUCUCUACAAAAGGAUUGUCUCCGAUUCUAUGGAUUUGGUAGUAUGGUUGCCUCUUUCCGUUAUUCCCCAAUUGAUAUCCUCUCGGUCCACUUGCCUUCUUCAGUGCUUGAGUUCAAAGGCCAUUUUCAACAGGAAUGGCUUAGGAAAGAAGCUGAUGAGUUGUUGGGUAAAAUGGAAGCCCUGUACUCUCAGUUGUCUGUUGUUAUUGACAGCAUGGAACAGAAAUGUUUGCUUGAGUUUUCUGAUCAAGACGAGUUUCUUGACCACAUAAUGGAUUUCAAAGACCAGCUUGUUCAAGAGAGGGAGGAUUAUGAGGACUUCCUUCAACCUGAUGGUGUACUGAGUCCAAAUGCGGGAAUAGAUAUUCUUGAACUUAACCGCUUUAGGCGUUCUCUUAUACUCAAUUCACAUGUUUGGGGUCAGAGGCUUGGUUCUCUGGAUUCUCUAUUGAAAACAAAGAGUGCUGAAGGAACUAUACAUCAAGAACAGAAGGAAGAUUCUUCCUUAUCAUUGUCUGUGCAUAAUUUUGCAGAACAACCUCAUAAACCGCAUCCCGAGGUGGAAGUUGAAGUCGCACCAACAUCCAUAGACAAAAUCAAAUCAACUAAGUCCAAUUUGUCCGAGACAAUUGAUUCUGCAUGGACAGGCACAACCCAACCUUUCUCAAAGCCCCAGCUUCUUAAGACAGAAGAUGGAUCUCCGGUUGGUUCUACCAGACAAAUGAAUCAAAACGAUAGCCCAACUUCCGGAAGAAUAAUGUCACCAACUAGGGUUUAUUCCUUUGAUUCUGCUCUUAGACUGCGAGACAGGAUUAGAAAAGGGUUACCUCCUUCUUCAUUGUAUUUGUCGACACUCAGAUCUUUCCAUGCAUCUGGAGAUUACCGAAAUAUGGUCAGAGAUCCCGUUUCUAAUAUGCAGAGAAAGUUUGAUCCAUUGCUCAAUUCAACUCCCCUGUUCAUCUCUUCAAUGUCAUUUAUGCCUGAAGGGGGUCGAUUCUUUCCACAAACGGGCAUUAAUGAUCUGGUUAUUACUGUCUAUGAUAAUGAACCGACUAGCAUAAUAUCUCAUGCCCUCAGUUCCAAGGAUUACGAGAACUGGAUAUCGGGGAGGCCAAACGUGGGGAAUGAAGGAAGUGUCAAUGUUGGUGAAUUAAGUAGAGAAAACUCUACAUCUUCUAGCUUUUCGGUUUGGCCAUCAUUUGGCUCUCUAGAUUUGGAUCAUAUCCACUUUGGAAAUUAUGGAAGUGAAAGUAGCUUAUCUUCUACUGUCAGUGGCUUAUUUACUGAUUCAAAAAGUUCUCCUCAUCCGAAGAUUUCUUUUGGAGACGACUCGUCUGUUGCUGGAGGCAAGGUUAGGUUUUCCGUAACCUGUUAUUUUGCAAAACAGUUUGUGGACCUGAGGAAAAAAUGCUGCCCGAGUGAAGUGGACUUCAUACGUUCAUUGAGUAGAUGCAAGAGAUGGGGUGCACAGGGGGGGAAAAGCAACGUGUACUUUGCAAAGUCUCUUGAUGAAAGGUUCAUUAUAAAACAAGUACAGAAAACUGAGUUGGAAUCUUUUGAGGAAUUCGCGCCUGAAUAUUUCAGAUACUUGACGGAUUCUCUGAAUUCUGGUAGUCCAACAUGCCUGGCUAAAGUUCUUGGAAUUUAUCAGGUAAGUGUGAAGAACUUAAAAGGUGGAAAGGAAAUAAAAAUGGAUCUUAUGGUGAUGGAGAACUUGUUCUUCAAAAGAAGUAUCUCCAGAAUUUAUGAUCUCAAGGGAUCUGCUCGAUCACGAUACAAUGCUGAGACGACAGGGACGAACAAUGUGCUGCUAGACAUGAAUCUCAUAAAAACUUUACGUACAAAGCCCAUAUUUCUCGGGAGCAAGGCAAAGAGGAAACUAGAACGAGCUGUGUGGAACGAUACUUCAUUCCUAGCGUCUGUUGAUGUGAUGGACUACUCUCUACUGGUUGGAUUCGACGAUGAACGAAAAGAAUUGGUAUUGGGAAUUAUCGAUUUCAUUAGGCAGUAUACAUGGGACAAGCAUUUGGAGACAUGGGUGAAAGCGUCUGGUAUAUUAGGCGGUCCGAAGAACGAAUCUCCCACCAUUAUCUCUCCCAAACAAUACAAGAAAAGAUUCCGAAAAGCGAUGACAAAUUAUUUUCUUACUGUUCCAGAUCAAUGGUCUUCAUAGACAGUGGAGAGAAAUCAAUGGUCUUGGUUCAUUUGUGAAAAAAGAAUAGGGCAUACGUAAGCCCUGACCAAAGAACUAUGUGUAUGUAAGUUGUGAGACUUUUUUCCUCCUUGUACUUGCAAAAUGUACAUACAUUGUUUUGUUCAUAUUAUUUUUCAAUUUAUCUGUUAUUAUUAU